GUAACGGGGAUGCAAACUUCAGCCUGUUUACAGACAACUCUAGGUCAAACCGAGAAGUUUAGCUAGAAAGUAUUUCGACACACGUCACUGACGAUGACGAGUCGAAAAGUUAAUUGUAACAUUUCAUUUCCUUAAUGAACACUGAAGGAAACAGUGGACGGGUUUUUGAUUUGACCUAGAUUUGUUUUGUUCGCAGCGCGUGCCCACAGGUUAGUUAAUCCGAGGAGAUAACUAGUUUAAUCCGAGUUUGAUAAUCCCGUCACUCUUCCAUUCGGCACACGGUUAAAGAGAGCCGAGGAGGAGUGUCCUACACCAACAAGAUAAAGUCCUCUAGGUUUCGCUCAACAAGUACCCACAACUCACAAGUUUGGAAACAGCUAGUAUGACUUUUCUCACACCGAGUAAAAACUUAAUUUAACGUCAAAUCACUUUUAUUGCGGCUCAAAGAAUGCGAACUAAAGUUGAAGUCGUAAAACGGAAACGUGCCGAGGCUGGUGAGAGGAAGAGGGUCACUGCUGCAGCGGGUGCCAGCGGAGUGCAGGAGCUCCUCAGGGCAUGAAACUCCAACACAAGUCUGCAACGAGGAAGGAAGCGACACGAUGGCACUCUGCGGAAGAAGGAACCGACCCAAGUUACUUUUCUUCAUCUUUGGUGCCACUUUUGUGGGGUAUCUAAUAUUUUUUAGACACAACUCCGGGGACGUGAGCGCGACAAAUCGACGAGAGGCCCCCGGAGAGCGAGAGGUGGCAAAUGAAGACCUAAAGAAGCCCGUCUGCGAGAGGCCCCCCUUGGAUUUAAAUGCCUUGGGUGAAAUGGGGAGAGCCGUCAAGCUGAAUCUGAACGCAGAGGAGAAAAGAAAAGAGGAGGAAAGCUUAAAAAAGCACCAGAUUAACAUUUAUGUCAGUGAUAAAGUGUCGCUACACCGCAGGCUGCCAGAGAGAUGGAACCCCCUCUGCAGAGAGCUGAAGUAUGACUACCGGUCCCUGCCAACAACCUCUGUGGUCAUCGCCUUCUACAACGAGGCCUGGUCCACGCUGUUGAGGACAGUCCACAGCGUGCUGGAGACGUCGCCCGACAUCCUGCUAAAAGAGGUGGUGCUGGUGGACGACUAUAGCGAUAGAGAUCAUCUGAAGGAGCCAUUGGAGAGGCACAUAGCAGGUUUGAGGAAGGUGCGUCUGAUCCGGGCCACCAAGAGGGAAGGGUUGGUGCGAGCCCGUUUGCUCGGGGCGUCCAUUACCACAGGCGACGUGCUGACCUUCCUGGACUGUCACUGCGAGUGUCACGACGGCUGGUUAGAGCCCCUGCUCCACAGGAUCAAAGAGGAGCCUUCGGCUGUGGUGUGUCCUGUCAUUGAUGUGAUUGACUGGAACACCUUCCAGUACUUGGGGAACUCUGGGGAACCCCAGAUCGGGGGGUUUGAUUGGCGGUUGGUCUUUACCUGGCACACUGUUCCAGAUUAUGAACAGAAACGCAGACGAUCGGCCAUUGAUGUCAUCAGGUCUCCUACAAUGGCAGGCGGUCUGUUUGCUGUGAGCAAGAACUACUUCCAUUACCUGGGGACAUACGACACGGGGAUGGAGGUGUGGGGAGGAGAGAACCUGGAAUUCUCCUUCAGGAUUUGGCAGUGUGGGGGCAGCCUGGAGAUCCACCCCUGCUCCCAUGUGGGGCAUGUGUUCCCUAAAAAGGCCCCUUACUCGCGGAGCAAAGCUCUGGCAAACAGCGUGAGAGCUGCUGAGGUCUGGAUGGAUGAAUACAAAGACGUCUACUACCAUCGAAACCCCCACGCACGACUGGAGGCCUUUGGAGACGUGAGCGAGCGGAGGAACCUGAGAACAAAGCUCGGCUGUAAGAACUUCAGGUGGUAUCUGGAUAAUAUUUACCCUGAUAUUCACGUCCCAGAGGAUCAGCCAGGCAUGUUUGGAAUGCUGAAGAACCGAGGCAAGACCAACUACUGCUUUGACUACAACCCUGUAGACGAACACGUCGUGGUGGGCCAAAGGGUCAUCCUCUACCCAUGUCACGGCAUGGGUCAGAACCAGUUUUUUGAAUACUCUUCGGAUGGCGAGAUCCGAUACAACACUAGGGAACCUGCUGGCUGCGUCGUAGGCGACAACAUCAGCACCUACCUGACUCUCCAGCUGUGUCGGAAACGAGGGCAGUCUGUACCUGUAGACCAGAAAUUUAUCCUCAGAAAGGACGGGAGCCUGUAUCACGCGGUGAGCCAGAAGUGCGUUCAGGCGGUAGACAAGACAGACAACGGGACGCCAGCCCCCUCACUCCAACCGUGCUCUGACAGCCUCCACCAAAAGUGGUUCUUUGAGGAGAGAAUUUAAUGAGUCUGAUUGAUGUUGCUCCACUGGGAUUUCUUCAUACUUUAUUUUCUUUCCCCGUCGGAUGCAAUGUUGAAACUUGUCUAAGCGCAAAUCAUAUUUGGCAGAAAUUAUGUACUCUGCUAAAGAGAAUGCCAGAGUCACAUUGAUUCACACUCCGGCAGACUGUGAUUUUUCACAGCCUCCCCCAACAUAGCCUACAUUGACAGAAUACCUCUUUAAUGUGUUCCUACGAGAUAAAAUGCUUCCACAGGCGAUUAACCAUUCCACCCCACUCCCAUUCAUUUCCCUUCAUCAGAUUACUUGAUUGCUUGCUAAAUGGACUGCCUCUCCCCCAAGGGAAAUCUACUGUAUGUAUUUCCUUUGGACAAAAUGAGACAUGGUUGAUUUAUUUUUCCUAGCACACUGUGUUUUUAAGACAUUCGAUCAGCUUUACUUCAGUUCAGUCAAGCGUACCUCAGGUUUUGAGAUGUUAUUAAUCUUUUCUAACACAUAUUUUAUAUUCAGGUCUAUAUAGUGGCCCAGAGCUGUUUUCGUGACUAGAUCGAGACUAGUGA